AAAUAAUUUAUGACACAGAUUGUGUAAGAUCAACAUCUUUUAAUUAAAAAUAAAAUUAAAGAUUAUUUUACAUAAAUAAAUACAAAACAUAAUUUUUCGUAAAAAUAAAUAAUUAAAUUCUGUGGAAUCUGUUCCAGAGAAAUUUCUCUCCAGAUCAAAACUGGAGUGGCCUUGAUCAUUUUACUCGAAAAUAUAAUUUAGGAAGCCGUGGUUGUGCGGUAAUGUCAAAAAAUAUAACCACACUUUUAGUGAAAAUUUAAGAAGGUUACUUCUUGAGAUAUUAAAUAAUUAAUUAAAAUUUUAAAUGAAAAAUGUUAAAUUUAACAAGAUUCUGUAGUAGUGCCCGACUGUUACCACAAGUUAAGCAAAUUAUAAACAGCUCGGUGAGAACAGUCCCAAGAAAUGGCAUCAGAACUUAUAUGAACCCAUUAUGGAGCAGACAAACAAUCAGUAACAAUCUAAAAGUAAAGAACUUGUUUCGAGGCACAGGCACAGUUGCAGUACGUCUGAGCUCAGAUGUUUCACCCAAAUCAAAGAAAGUUGUUGGGUGUUGGCUACUAACAUGUAGUGGAAUGGUUUUUGUAGCUGUUGUCUUAGGUGGUGUUACAAGGUUGACUGAAUCAGGAUUAUCCAUGGUGACAUGGAAACUACUUGGAGAGAAAAUGCCAAGAACCCAAAAGGAAUGGGAGGAAGAGUUCAAAAGAUAUCAAGAAUUUCCCGAAUUCAAAAUAAAGAACAAAGACAUGACGUUGUCCGAAUUCAAAUUUAUCUGGCACAUGGAAUAUGGACACAGACAAUGGGGCAGAGCCAUUGGCGCUGUGUUUUUAUUACCUGCCGCAUACUUUUGGGCGCGAGGCAUGCUCAAACCCGGAAUGAAACCUAGAGUUUUGGCGUUUGGCAGUUUAAUUGCUACCCAAGGUUUAAUGGGUUGGUACAUGGUGAAGUCUGGACUUGAAGAUCGCUUCCACGGCGAGAGCGAUGUACCCAGGGUGUCACAAUACAGGUUGGCCAGUCACUUAGGUUUGGCCUUUGGCUUGUACACAUUAUUCUUGUGGUCAGCCUUGGAUCACCUAUUACCUGCACAAACCAUAAACAUAUCGAAAAAAGAAGUACUCAAAGCCUCAAGGAAAUUUAGAAUGUUUGCUCACACAUGCAAAGGACUUGUAUUUUUAACGGCCGUGUCGGGUGCGUUUGUGGCCGGCUUGGACGCAGGUCUAGUGUACAACUCAUUCCCAAAAAUGGCUGACAAAUGGAUACCCGACGAUAUUUUGGCCUUCACACCCAAGCUGGUGAACAUCACUGAAAACCCAACGACUGUCCAAUUCGACCAUAGAAUCUUGGGCACUACUACUUUGACCCUUAUAUCCGCAUUGUGGUUAAUGUCUAGGCGUAGGCAACUGCCACCCAGAGCUUACUCCGCAGCGACAGCGUUCGCCGCAGUGGCCUGGUUACAGGUUGCUUUGGGUAUUACAACACUGCUUACUUACGUUCCCACUGCAAUAGCAGCAUGCCAUCAGAGUGGAUCACUGGCACUAUUAUCAACGGCUAUAUGGUUGACCCACGAACUAAAGAAGUUACCUAAAUAAGUAUUGUGAUAUGUUGAUUAAUUCGUUAUGUAAUGGUUAUUUUUAUUUUGUUAAAACCAGUAAGAAAUAAACAUUUUU